AUGGAUAAUGCAAACUUGUGGACUCGCAGGGCCAAUUCCGCCAGAUUGUCUCUGUCCAUGACGGGAACCGACGCAAAGGACGGUGGCGCGAAACUCGAUCUUCCCCGCAGUCACACAUCAAAGCGUUUCGGCCCGGAUAGCUCGCACGGUGGUCGAUCGAAUCCCUUCAAUGCAUUAUCCCCCCUCUCCGGCGGCGUGUCUUCUCCUUCCACGAACGCUUCCUCCGCAUUCGGCUUGGGUUCCGGCGCAUUCGCGUCCUUUGGUACUCCCAAGACGCCUGGCACCAAUGCAUCAGACUUGAAUUCGUCCAAAGCGCUGGGGGAGAAGCGAGAGACGGCUUCGGAGCAGGAUUCGGCAGCGGAAGUCAAGGCCAAGGCUUCAGCCUCCUCCUUGAGUGGCUCGAAGGAGCAUGCUCUGAAGUCUACCUGGGUGAUCUGGUACCGGCCCCCGACACCCAAGUACUCUGACUAUGAGAAGUCGACCAUUCCCCUUGCGUCUAUAUCCUCGGUCGAGAGUUUCUGGUCGAUAUACACACAUCUCAAGCGCCCAUCUCUCCUUCCCACCGUCUCUGACUAUCACAUUUUCAAGAAAGGCAUUCGUCCUGUAUGGGAGGACGAUGCCAACAAGAAGGGUGGAAAGUGGAUUGUUCGGCUGAAGAAGGGAGUUGCUGACCGGUAUUGGGAGGAUCUUUUGCUGGCCAUGAUUGGUGACCAGUUCGCAGAGGCUAGCGAUGAGGUCUGUGGCGCCGUUCUCAGUGUACGGAGCGGAGAGGAUGUGUUGAGUGUCUGGACCCGGAUUGACGGUGGGCGCAACAUCAAGAUCAGGGAGACGAUCAAGCGUCUGCUUGCCUUCCCGGCCGACACCAACACCGUGUGGAAAAGCCACGAUGACAGUAUUGCUCAGCGCUCCGCAAUUGACCAGGCUCGCCAGGAGAAGGCGGCCGGAAACGCGAGCCAUCAUCAUCACCACCUGGCAGGGGACCGGCGAAGACCUACAGCGAAUGAUGAGUCCAUGGGAGAUAAAGGAAAAGCGGCGGCGUCUUGA